UACGCUAGGGUCCAAAUUUCCUUACUCCAGGACCAAACCAAGUUAUCACAAUCGGGCAAAAGCUAUUUGAAUCACCUCCAAACAUUUAGGAUUUAGCCUGCGUUGAUUUUAUUUUCUGAAUUAUCAGACCACAAGUCAGAACAGAACUUGAAGAAGAACAAUGUUCUCUACAACUUCAAAUCACCUCCUCUCAAUACCAAAUUCUCCCGGAUUUAAUGAUCACCUCAGGCUUGAAAAGCCCACUUCAAGUUGGAGGAAGAAGUCCAUCAUUAUCAGAUGUUGUUAUAGAAAGAAAGGUGAAGAUUCGAAGACGGUGGAUUACUAUAAGCUGCUCGGUGUUUCUGUUGAUUCAAACCCACAACAAAUCAAGGAAGCUUACAGGAAAUUGCAGAAGAAACAUCACCCUGACAUUGCAGGCCAAAGGGGUCAUGAAUAUACCAUAAUGCUGAACGAAGCCUAUCAUGUGUUAAUGACAGAAGAUCGCAGGAGAAAUUAUAAUGCUACUAUUGGCAGAUCAGGACUUGGAAGUGACUUUUCUGGCUUAGGCUACAGCUCUUGGAAGGGUCCCUUCAGAUCUCAGGCUCUUUUUGUUGAUGAAAAUGCUUGCAUAGGAUGUAGAGAAUGUGUGCACUAUGCAAGUAACGCAUUCAUGAUGGAUGACACUCUCGGAUGUGCGCGUGUCAAAGUUCAAUUUGGAGAUGAUGACAAACAGAUUGAGGUAUCGAUUGAUUCAUGCCCUGUAAACUGCAUCCAUUGGGUGGAUAGAGAAGAGUUGCCAGUGCUUGAAUACCUUAUCCGUCCUCAGCCAAAAGAAGCAUAUGGUGUCUUUCGGGGUGGGUGGGAAAGACCCUCGAACGUGUUUGUCGCAGCCAAGGCCUUCAACAAGCAACUGAAACAGCAAGAUCAUCAUCACCAUCAGAGAAGAGCACAAGGGCCUGUUGAUGAAGAGACCACAGCCCAGGUGAAUGCUAGAGCUAUGGCAAGUAUUAAGAUAAAAAUGGAGCAACUUUCAAGACUCUGGUCUUGGAUGAGAGAGAUCUUUGGAUAGAGACAUUGCAAAAUUGCAGCUUAUGGAAGCCCCAUACACAAGUGAUUAGAAUUGAAUGGCCACCAGAAAAUGUCAGGUGUUUUUUCAUUUACAAGGGACAAAAGAUAUAGCACACACACAGAAAGAAAGGUCGAUGGAGCCCAUUCAAAUGUUACAUCCCAUAUAUGUACAUAUAAUGUC